GAGUCGUAUCUGCAAUCUUAGGAUUGGUGAGUGAUUCAGUGCGCAGGGACUUUGUGGUUGACUUCCCCGCUGACAUGUGGGCACAAGGGCGCCCUUUUCCGCUACAGGUGACGCUUCGCUUGCUGCUGCUGCUGCCGCUUGCGCACUUCGCUCCCUAUCUCCUUGCCGAGAUCUUUGGGGAUUCUUCAAGCCUUGCACUACGAUGUCUACGGCUGACUCCAGGAAGGGUUGACGUUUGGUUGUAUGGUGUCAAGAUCAACCCCUAUGAAGAGUUGCCUCCACUUCCUGAGCUGCCUGAGUCAGAGCUGCACAUCAUGCAACCACUUCCAUGCGACAUGACCACGUUUGAAGAAGGCCCUUUUCAAGGACGAAGUUUUGUGGAAGUUGCUUCCUACCCAGCACCUGAGGAUGUCAUGUAUGCCACACAGGUCAUAGAAAUGGCUUUGACGAACAAGCCAGUGGCAGCUGAGGUUUAUCGUUUUGCUGCAUACCUCUAUGCCAGGUUGAAGUUGGUCUCCCUUUCUGCGAUGAUGUUGCUGAAGUCAAGUUCUAUGGAGCCACAUCAACUUCUUGGCAAGAGGACUCAAGACCCCAGUGCCAUGGAAGCAGCACGAGCCAUUCAAGUUCCACUUCAACAAAAUCCCUUAGAUUUUCAACAUGUUUCUGUUCAUUUUUGUGAUGUGAUGAUCGGUGAAAAUGCCGAUGAACAGCAUGGUGACCUUGUGGACUUUUCCGACGGUUCAGUCGAUGUCACCGUGAACUAUGCGCUCACGGCUUCUGAUGCGCCCGGACUUGCAAUCUUGGACAGUGGCUGCACAAGAACUAUGCAUGGCAGCGAGUGGUCCUCUGCUUUUGAAGAUGCUCUCAAGCAGUAUGACCUGAUGCCCCAGACCAAGAGCAAGCUUCAGCGUUUCCGAGGCGUUGGUGGCGAGACUGUCUCCGACCUCUCCAACAGCACAGUUUCCUUCAAGGCAUUGGGCGUUCAGAAUUUUCCUUUGAUCAAGACAUCACGGCCGUCAGCCUUUUGGACUGUGGCGACGACCCACAUGGCUCUUUUCCCAGCUUUGCCAUUCCCAAGCUGGAAGCUGCAGAUUGGACUUUCUCUGCAGAGGCCUCUGGACUUAGGCCUGAGGCUCCUGGACUUGAGCCCAAGGGCACUGGAUUUUGCCCGUCGUCCAAUAAUGGCGACCAAGAGCCAGAUGCAUCGCGACUACUCACUUCCAAGCGAUGCUAUGUCCAGUACGGGUGGGGACUCAGCCACUGACUCACCAGUGAACUACGGCAUGAUCUGCGAAGAUGAAGAGUCCUUUUGGCAGAUGGUCUCCGAUGGAAGCUUCACAGUCAGAAAGACCACCAACCGCAAGGGCAACAAGCUUCAGACCAUGUGCAACCUUUUGGAGUCCGAAGAUUUGUCGAGGGCUCAGAAGCUUCAAGGUGCCAAGUCCUUUGUUGACGCGCGGCCUUUUGGACCUCCGCCGCAACAAACACCCUCGGCCCCAGCAAUGCGACAGCGAAAUCCACAUGCUGCGCCAAGAACACCCUUGAACACAGCGAUGCGACAGCCAAAUCGACUUGACGCACAUGGCUAUGGACCACAACGUGCUCCUGAUCCAACAUACCAAGAGUUUCGAGGCCCUUACCUUGCUGAUGAUGAGCCCUGGGAAGACUUUUGCCCUGGACUGCAAGCCUCGGUGAAGCGCCUUCGACUUCAAAAGCUGCGUGAUGCGUCAAGCGAUGAUGAUGAUGAUGAUGAUGACGACGUUGUGAUCAAGGAUGAUGGCCACACUGUGAACUUGUACAACUACCUCAACACUGAGUUCGCCUACAUGACCGGCAAAGCGGCCAAAAGCGAGAUCAACAUCAGGCAGCUUGAUCCUUCUGACCGAGCUCGUUUUGACGUUUCCAUGCAGAAGGAGUGGACUUCCUGGCAAUGUUUCGAUGCCGUCCAGGAGCUGUCUGAGGAGGAGAUCAAUAGCUUGCCACCGGAGACCAAAAUCAUUGGAGUCCUUCCGGGCACGCUCUUCAGGGCCCGUGUCAGCCUUUAUAGAACGAAAGAUGCCGGCCGAAGUUGGUGGAUCAAACUUUCACGUGAUGCUCAAGAAUGUGGCUGGCGCCUCUCCAAACUGGAACUUGCACUCUUUUACCAGUAUGAUUUGGAUGAAUCUGGAAAAGAAGUUUUGGCUGGAAUCAUGGGCAGCCAUGUUGAUGAUCUCAUUACAUGUGGCUUUGGCCCCAAGUACGACUCAGUGAUGAAGAUCCUCACCGAGAAGCUCCACUUAAAGCACAAGGAUGGUGAGUUUCUUUUUUGUGGAAAGAACUUGGUCCAAGGCGACGACAAGUCAAUCUCCUUGGAGCAGUCCUCCAAGAUCACCUUAGAGGACUGCAUUGUCUUCGUUUGCGCGGACUCCAGCUUUGCCAACACUGAAGGAUUGAAAUCCCAGUGUGGCUAUGUGAUUGGACUGAGCCUCCCUGAGCUGAAAGAUGGUGACGAGACCCCUGUCUUGAUCCUCGAGGGCGCAAUCUACGUUGUAUCUCUUUUGUGCGAGAUCUUGAAUCCUGGCAUCAGCAUCACUACGCUCGAGACUGAGUAUGCCCUUAAGAAGAUUCUGGCGUUCACCGACGCCAAAAGCCUUGAGAGCACGAUCACGAAGGACGCUGGCCAGCCAUCGGAUAAGAGGGUGAAGAUUUUGAUAGCCUUAAUCCGAGAGCUGAUGAAUGAUGAAUGCGAACCGAUUUGGCUCGAUACGAGCCAGAUGCUGGUGGAUGUGUUAACCAAACAAGGAUGCGAACGUGAACUUUUGCUGGAAGCACUUGAACAGUGCCGCUGGAAGGUAGCUCCAAGUGAUGAAGCCAUUCAGAAGAAGAUCGCAAUUCGUGCUGGCCGUCACAAUAGGACUGAGAUUGAGAGCCUGAGGCAGCUGCUAGAGUCAGCGCGCUUGAAUUUGACUGAGGUGCGAGAUCGGGUGGAGGAUCUGAGUCAGCAGAUGGAGGCAGACGAGGGAAAGGUGACCUUAGAAGCACUUCUCCUCUAUAGUGCGAAGGUACAGCUGAGGCGCUUGGCAUCGGCAGAUUGCUUGCCGGUUCCUUCCAAGGACAGCUCUUUCAAGGCCUGUGUCGGUCGAAGUACCGGCCUCGACUGCUGUAGAGGGACAGCUGGCCCGGCUUGCGUCUUUGAUGACCAAGUCGCCUCCCAGAGUAGGCGACUGGGGCCGAAGAAGCGAGUCAAUGUGCUUUCAGAGCCCGAGGAGGAUGAAGAGGGCGAGCCAAUUUUGGAGGAGCAGGGGGAAGCGAGAGAUCAGUGCCCGAGCCACGCCGUGGAGAAAGCCGUGGUUCAGCUCACGAAACUUGUGAGCAGUUUAGCCAAGGAGAAGAAGAACAGCAGGGGAUUAGAGGGCAUCUUGAUCGAUGGCAGCAGCGGGGAUCCUACGAGCAGCAGCUCGGGGGGUCGCAGCAAAGCAGCUGCAUACCAGCGCCUGAAGGCGGCUCUGACGGAGAAGCCGGAGUUGCUUUUUCAGAGCAUGGAAGAGAAGAUGGAAGAGGACUUCAACGGCGGAUGCGUCUGGGUCGAUGGAGCCGAUGAGGCCGAUGAGGCCGAUGGAGCCGAUGAGGCCGAUGGAGCUGAUGAGGCCGAUGAGGUUGAUGGAGCCGAUGAGGCCGAGGAGGCCGAUGGAGCGGAUGAGGCCGAUGAGGCCGAUGGAGCCGAUGAGGCCUUGUACUUUCAAUAUCUUUCUUGGCUGCUACGCGGACCGCGCGGACCAUGCACGCGGACCACGCGCACCGCGCGCAACACGCGGACCACGCGCACCACGCGCACCACGCGCACCACGCGAACCCCGCGGACCACGCGCACCACGCGGACCAGGCGGACCACGCGCACCACGCGCACCACGCGCACCACGCACCACGCGGACCACGCGGACCAGGCGGACCACGCGCACCACGCGCACCACGCGCACCACGCGCACCACGCGGACCACGACCGCGACUCGCACCACGCGAACCACCCACCACGCGACCCACGCGCACUCACGCAAACCACGCGGACCCAUGCGCACCACGCGGACCACGCGGACCACGCGACCACGCGCACUCACGCGACCACGCGCGCCACGCCCCACGCGAGCACGCGGCCACGCGCACCACGCGCACCACACGCCGACCACCUACGCGCGGACCACCACCACGCCCACACGCGCCACCACGCGCCACGCGGACCACGGACAUGCGGACCACGCGACCACGCGCACCACGCGUAUACCACGCGCACCACGCAGACAACGCGGACCACGCGGACCACGCGGACCACGCGGACCGCCUGCACCACGCGCACCACGCGCACCAAGCGCACCGCGCGGACCGCGCGGACCGCGCGCACCGCGCGCACGGACCACGCGGACCAUGCAUGCGGACGCAGCGCAGCGCGCCUCCUCGCUAAGCCAGGCGCACCAGGUUCCUUUACGCGAUGCACGCAGCAUACUGGACAAGGUGGAUAUUUGCUUCUCUGUGACAAUGCCGUCUUG